GCCCCGCCCCUGCCAGGCGUGUGUGUCUUGUGUGUUUGGGGCCCGCGCGGGUUGCGCGCCCUCCGCCUUGGCGCCUCCUGCCGCUGCCCCUGCGCCCCUCGCCCUGCCGGGCGUCGCGGGCCAACAUGGGCCAGGAAGAGGAGCUGCUGAGGAUCGCCAAAAAGCUGGAGAAGAUGGUGGCCAGGAAGAACAUGGAAGGGGCCUUGGACCUGCUGAAGAAGCUGCACAGCAGUCAGAUGACCAUCCAGCUGCUACAGACAACCAGGAUCGGAGUUGCCGUUAACGGGGUCCGUAAGCACUGCUCAGACAAGGAGGUGGUGUCUUUGGCCAAAGUCCUCAUCAAAAACUGGAAGCGGCUGCUGGACUCCCCUGGACCCCUCAAAGGAGAAAAAGGAAAGGAAAGAGAAAAAGGAAAAAAGAAGGAAAAAGGGCUUGAUUGUUCGGAUUGGAAGCCAGAAGCAGACCUUUCUCCACCAAGGAAAAAACAAGAAGAAUCCCAAAACAGGAGAGACUCUGUGGACUCCAAGUCUUCUGCCACCUCCUCUCCAAGAAGACCAUCAUUGGAAAGAUCAAACAGCAGCAAAUCGAAAGCGGAGACCCCCAAGACCCCCAGCAGCCCCUCGACCCCCACGUUUGCCCCCUCCAUCUGCCUCCUGGCGCCCUGCUAUCUCACAGGGGACUCUGUCCGGGACAAGUGUGUGGAGAUGCUGUCAGCAGCCCUGAAGGCAGACGACGAUUACAAGGACUAUGGAGUCAACUGUGACAAGAUGGCAUCAGAAAUCGAAGACCAUAUCUACCAAGAGCUCAAGAGCACGGACAUGAAGUACCGGAACCGCGUGCGCAGCCGAAUCAGCAACCUCAAGGACCCCAGGAACCCCGGCCUGAGGCGGAAUGUGCUCAGCGGGGCCAUCUCCGCGGGGCUCAUUGCCAAGAUGACCGCAGAGGAAAUGGCCAGUGACGAGCUGAGGGAAUUGAGGAACGCCAUGACCCAGGAGGCCAUCCGUGAGCACCAGAUGGCCAAGACUGGCGGCACCACCACUGACCUCUUCCAGUGCAGCAAAUGCAAGAAGAAGAACUGCACCUACAACCAGGUGCAAACAAGGAGCGCUGAUGAGCCCAUGACUACCUUUGUCUUAUGCAAUGAAUGUGGCAAUCGCUGGAAGUUCUGCUGACGGAACAGCGGCCAGCAUUGCCGUGAACACGGUGCAGGAGAAUGAAGAGAAAGCACUACACUGUCUGAAUUGAGAAAAAAUAAAGACUAAAAUGAAGAAAAAUACUGAACUCUGAGUGGAGUAGUAGGGAU